AUCAGUAAAACUGAAGACGAUGUACAUCUAGUGCAUAGGGGAAAUGGCAAAUGGAAAACAUACAAAAUCUGUUCAGGUCGCAGAGUGGAUGGGAAGAAGAGAGGCAUGGUCAGCGGAGAAGCCAUCCGAUACACGAACGAAGCCCACACGCUGGGAGUUCCGGGAUGGCCGUGAACAGUCUGACGAAAACCUAGAAAUGCAGCACGCUGGUAUCGAUAACGAUAACACGCGCACCCAAUCAGCCGAAUACCAGCAACGACGCGUUCGCAUCAAAAACAACCGCACAGCCAAAGAAGAGCCUCAUCAUAGUUUCCAUAACUCUAGAACUAAUUUAAUCAACGAUCGUGACGUGUACAUUGAAGAUGUAUUAGAUGAUCAGCACCUAGCUGAGAUCAAAGAGAACUUUACCCGCGGCAAGGGCCAACGAAAUUUGGAGCACACUCGCAUGAAGAAUUACGAUACGGAAACUCGACAAAUCGACGAUGAUUCGAUGCGUAGACAUGAAAUUGAGCGUGGCAGUGACAUCGAUCUAAAUACUGCACACAAUAGUCUCAAGAAUAAGCGAGAGCUGUUCAUUAAGGAUGGAAAUGUGGAGAUAUUGCAGCUAAUGACCAGGGACAAGACGCAAAAUGGCGCAGGUGGCAUGGACGAGGAUAACAUCUAUGUGAAUGUCCCGAUGAAAACGUCCACGGAUCUCACACAUCCACAACUGUUGAUGGUCGACAACACGGGCAAGGAGAUACUCAUGCGACGUUUCAUUGAGGAACAACCAGAUGGCAAGCAAAUCAUUCGCGAACAUUAUCACAUUGUGCCAGGGGCUACAUACAUUCAAUCUAUGCCAAAUGAGAUCCAACAGGGCUCAACACUCAAAGGCGAUACGUUUCCCUUUGGCAAAUCGGGACCAAAUAGCAUAGUCUACUCGCAAACAGAACCUGAGGUGAAAGUCAUACACACACAAUCCGUGCAAGCAGCGGAAGGAGGCGCACAACUUCAGCCUGCCAUAUCGAAUCAAUCACUAACCCAGGAGCUGGAGAAUUCGUUGAAGCAACAGAAUGCACUCUUGCGACAGAUACUGAUGGAGAAGGAGCUGCUGGAGACGAGGUACACCCAGCAUGAGCUAGUUUUAGAAACACAAAGUCUUCCAGGUCAAUCGAUGGCCAUUGGCACACAGACGGACUGCGAUGCCGGCACUCAAACAGAGCCAGCUGAGAGCUACGUGGAAAGGACCUCCGUGAGCUCACAGGCACAAGUGGGAACUUCGACACGACGACGUGCGCGCAGUGAGAACGAUGACUCCAUGUCCGAGGAUGAGUACAGAUAUGUGCGGUUUAGUCCGCCAAACAGUCCGGAGGGCGUCUAUUGGAUCAAGCGACGGCGUCCCAAGAAACGUUCUCGACUACGAGAGGGCACACGACCGGGAAAGCGCAUUGUUAUGGUUGAGGAUGUGAAGCGAAAGAUCAGAACGCCGAUUAAGGAGGAGGAGGAGGUCUAUGAGAAAAAGCGUGUUCCACCUAAGAAACCCUUAAGGGAGACUAAGACAAGCAUUCUGCGCAAACAGCUGAGCGAUGAGAGCCGCAAAAACGAAAGCAUCUCACACAAGGAACCACAUAUUGUAAAUCACAGACACAAGUCCGAAGCACUGAGUCGGGAAGUACUCAUGGAAAUCUCGGAUUCUUUAGAUGAUGCUGGAAGUCCUAGACGGCAUAGAUCGCGUAGCAUUCCAGUGCGAGAGUACUACAACAACUCUGAUGGAGAAGUCGAUGAGAAUGAGACUGAAUACUCCAUUGACUCGGACGAAGAUGAGAUUGUCAUUAGAACAAAUGGCCACACAACAGGUUAUCCACUUGAGCGAGCAGAGGCGUAUGCUAGAAAGGUUAGAGAUGCAGAAAGAGAAUCUGAGCUGCAUCAGAAGCACAGCACAUCCCACCAAACUAAGCAGAACAGCAGAAGAUCUCCGUCAGAGACACGCCACGAAAUAGAGCCGGAAAUCAAGCCAAGACUAUCGCGACGAGACAGCUCGCGGCGUAGCCAAGAGUCCCGAAAGCAAACAUCCUCAGAGCCACCACACAGUCGUUUGUCCAUAUCGAAAUACGAAAGCGCCGUAGAAGAUAAUGGCAGAAAUGGUCACCCAGCUGAGUUGUCCGGCUCGAAGCGUCGCUCCUCCAAUGAACGGUAUUAUCAGAGCGAAACGGAGUUGGCUGCACACGAAGAACCGAGCUCAGGCAAAGUACCCAAGUAUAUGGAAUGGUAUUAUGGUAAAAAGAAACCUUCCAACAGUGGUCGCACCUCGACAGAGUCAUCCAAGUCGCAGCUAUCGUCCAAGAAGAAAGUCAAUGGUGUUGAGAAGCGUGUGUCGAAACCACGAGCAAAUGCCAAGACCGAAGAUCCGUCGCCAUAUGAGGAAGCGGGUAAAUUCAAGCCGGAGCCAGCACCUCGAAGAUCUCCGCCCAAGGGAAGUCGUAUGCUUAAGGAGGAUCGAGCCUUGAACAAACAGCAUAAGCCCAAAAUUGAGACUGACACCAAUCAUCCGCUGUUGCAGCACUCUGAGCAUCGCUUCGAGCGUGAGAAUGCGCCAGAAGUGCCAGCGCCACCCACAAAAUUGCCACACUAUAUGUAUCCGGAGACCCCAACGUAUGCGGAUAAGGAUCAUUCAUCGCAGAGACAGAAGCCGAAGCCAUCGCCCAUCAAGGAGAACGAAAUCAAAGUGACCAAAUCGAGAAUCAAUCUAAGUGUCGACGAUCAUCAUGGAGGUGGUGGAGCAAGUCAUGCCACAUCGCACGUCCAAAAGCAAUUGAAUGCAUCCACACUUGAGGAUGAUCACGAUUCGGGCAUUGCAAUGAAUUCGCUUAUGAAUAGUAUGGGACGUCGCAAUCCAAUUGCCGAAAAGAAAAGCGUUUUCUCGAUUGCCUACGACGAUGUCAGUCGCGUGAAAAAGAUCACUUCAGGUGGAGAGUCCCCCCAGUAUUCAUAAUGCUAUCAAGGAUUCUCGAGCAUUUUGAAUUAACCAAUAUAUGUGAUAGCCUCUAAGGCUCGUUUAACCUUCAAGCAAUACAAUUCGUUAUACGAUUACAUUUGCUAUCUAAAUACAAAUAAA